AUGUCAAGAAGCGAUGGCUCUGAGGUUGUGAGGGUCAUGAAGAACUCACUAGUACCUCAAGACCAAACUACUCUUCUGGAAGUGCCAAAUUUGAAUGAUGCUUCACUGAAAAGCAAACUGAAGCAAUUGGUAAAUGACUCGAUUAAUAACAAUCCAUAUUUCGCUGCUGGCGGUGGAUUAAUGAUACUGGGAUCAGGUCUAGCCAUCGCAAGAUCUGUAACAAUUAGACUCAGCAAAUUGUUUUACAAUCAAAUGAUAGUGGAUUUGGAAAUAAUAUCAAAGGAUAAGUCUUACAGUUGGUUUUUAACGUGGAUGAGUACCUAUCCAAAACGUUUUUCAAAGCAUCUUUCUGUAAACACAAACUAUAUCAAACGUGACAAUGGAUCUAUACAGACCAAAUUCUCCUUGGUUCCAGGGUUAGGCAACCACUGGAUUAUUUAUAAGAAAGCUAUAAUACUUAUCAAGAGGGAAAGGUCUGGUAGGAUGAUAGAUAUCACAAACAAUUCUCCAUUUGAAACAGUAACAUUGACUACCUUAUAUAGGGACAGACACCUGUUUGAUGAAAUUUUAAGUGAGGCAAAAGUACUAGCUUUAAAUACAAAUAAGGGAAAAACUGUAAUAUAUACUUCAUUUGGCCCUGAAUGGAGAAAGUUUGGCCAGCCAAAGGCCAAAAGGUCAUUACAAUCUGUAAUACUGGAUAAGGGUGUCAAAGAAAACAUUUUAAAUGAUGUUAAAGACUUUCUUCAGAACGGAAAAUGGUACUUCGAACGAGGCAUACCGUAUAGGAGGGGAUAUUUGUUAUAUGGACCGCCAGGAUCAGGUAAAACAAGUUUUAUACAAGCAUUAGCCGGUGAGUUGGAUUAUAAUAUAUGCAUUCUGAAUCUAUCUGAGCAGCAUUUGACAGAUGAUCGGUUAAACCACCUAAUGAAUAAUAUGCCUGAGAGGAGCAUCUUAUUACUAGAAGAUAUUGAUGCAGCUUUCAAGCAUAGAAUGGCUAAAAAUGACGAUUCGGGGUAUAUGUCAACUAGCGUUACUUUUAGUGGACUUUUAAAUGCCCUGGAUGGCGUGACUUCUUCAGAAGAGACAAUAACUUUUAUGACCACAAAUCAUCCUGAAAAGCUGGAUCCUGCAAUUAUGAGGCCUGGUAGAAUUGACUAUAAAGCUUUCAUAGGUAAUUCCACAUUGUUUCAAGUUGAGAAAAUGUUCCUCAAGUUCUAUCCAAAUGAAUUGGAGUUAUGUAAUGAGUUUUUGAAAGCAUUCAAGCAGUUGGAAGUUUCGAGUGUAAGCACCGCUCAAUUACAGGGCCUUUUUGUUAUCAAUAAAGAUAAGCCUAGGGAGGCAUUGAAUCAAAUCCAAACACUUGCAUUUUCGAACAAGUUACCUUAA